AUGUACAGCGCUGGCGUCGUCUCGUGGUGCCCACGCGGGCCCCUCAACCAAGCCGUGCUCGUUGUUGGCUACGGCACCGAGACCUCUGGCUCGGACGCACCGCCCAUCGGCUUUUUCGAGGUGCGCAACGCGUGGGGGUCCGACUGGGGCGAGCGCGGCAACAUUCGCCUUGAGCGUGGCUACCGGGAUUUUGGCACGUGUGAGGUCGCGGCGCGCCUCACGUACCCGACGCUCCUGCCUUCGGUCUCCAAAGCGAGAUCCGCCAAGUUGCCGCGCAAGCCAACACCAACGUCCCACCGCAUCCCGCGACCGACGACCGACGACGGUAUUGUCGACGGUUUGGAUUCGUAG